AUGACAAGAUACACCAAGCUAGACGGGCGGCGAUCGCUCGCCAAGAAGACCGUAGACUCCGACAGCGAGCCCGAGUCGACCCCAGCUGCUUCGCCUGCCAAGCUCUCGGAGCAGCCCCUGGUCUCUGAACUGGCACCGGAAACGCCGUCCAAGGACAAGAAGAAGAAGAACGACAAAAAGGAUAAGAAGGACAAGAAGAGCAAGAAGGAAGAUGUUGACGGUGCUGCAGAUGUUGCAGUGCCCAAAGACGACAGCGCAGCCGAAGCUGCCGAGCCAGUCGCAUCCACUUCAGCCAUCCCGACUCCCGCUGACACCGAUGCCACAGAAGCCACGACAUCAACAACGGCUGCAGCUGCUGCUGCGGAUGCCGAACCGCCGACAGUCGAGAAGCUGCUCAAGCGAGCAAAACUGCUCAAGCUCAAAGCCAAAAAAGCUAAGAACGAGGAGAGCAAGAAGCGCUUCCAACGCAUGACGCGCGAUGUGGAACGCCAAGUGGAACAGAUGUUCGGCUCGUUUGAGUACGGACCCAAAGGCCAGCUGAUCCGUCUGGGUGCACCGCAGUCGGAUACCAUGUGGCAAUCGAGGCAAAAAGGAGGUGAUUGGUCGGCUCCUCCUGCACCCGGUGGCGCUUCCUUGGGUGGUGAUGGUGGAUGGGGCGCUCGUGGUGGGCACUCGAAUGGAUACUCGAACAACGAGAGCUACGGCAGUAGCAACGGCAACAGCAAUGGCAACAGUCACAUUGCAGGUGCCGGGUGGGGCCCGACCGACGAGCAACGACGCAUGGACCGACGAGAUGCCCGCCGAGAAGAACGCGCCGAUCAGCGUCAAGCCAAAUUGAAGUGUUUCGCCUGCCGCGGCAUGGGCCACUCGGCCAAAGACUGCCCCAACGCUCUCGACGCGCAAUCAAUCUCGCUCAAGACCGACGCCCCUUCCUCCAACGAUACCCCUAUGAUUGGCCGCGACGCUGUCGGCAUCUGCUUCCGCUGCGGCUCAACCGAACACACGCUCUCGAAAUGCCGCAAGCCGGCACUCAAGAACGAUGCCCUCCCCUACGCCACCUGCUUCAUCUGCCACGCCAAGGGCCAUCUCUCCUCCAAAUGCCCCAACAACGCCGGCCGUGGCGUCUACCCCGAGGGCGGCUCGUGCAAGCUCUGCUCGUCGGUCGAGCAUCUAGCCAAGGACUGCCCACUCGCGCUGCGCAACGAGGGCAAGACCCACAAGAUGGACAGAGACGCCAAGUCGUUGGUGCACCAGGUGAUUGUUGGCUCCACCACAGCAGGCGGCGUGGGCGGUGGCGAUGAGGACGACUUCCACAGCUUUGCGCGCAAGAGGGCGCAGGUGGACCAGGAAGUCAAAGCGUCUCCGGUGAAGAGGGUCAAGAAGGAUGCCAAGGUUGUGUCUUUCUAG